AGGUUAUAAAAGGGAACGCGACGGCUCUCUAACUAUCAGUUUACAGACUUAGGUAUGAGUUACAAUUACAACGUCAUGACGUCCAUAACAAAAAUUUUAAUUUUGAUCGCGGCGAUAUCCGCUAUCAGUGGGAAGACAAUUGAUUUCAAUAUCGAUACGGAUCAGCCCAGCGCUCAAGUUUCCUACCGUGACGAAUUGUUGGAUACGCUGUCCCGCCUGAAGUUGAUCGCCCCCGAAGACGAUGAACCACCAUCAUCUAAAGCAGAUACUACCAAUACCAAGUCGAUCGUUAGCCAGAAUGGAAACCAGUGGGAACGACGACAAGCUCGAUGUGCAGACAAUGGAUCUCAUUCACCCAUGUCUUUCACUAGUUUUAGGCAUUUGUCAAAUGUGCCAAGAUUUCCAAAUGGCGAUGUCGUAGACUAUAACAAGAUCAGCAUGGAUGUAUUAAAUUGGAUUCGUCAACAGCUGAUAGUCAAAAUGAUGAAUCAGGUCCAGAAAUCCGCUGCAAAAAACCAAAAUUGACGAUCGUUUUCAAUAGCAUAUAUAUAUAUAUAUAAUCCAAUAAAUCCUAUCGUUAAUCACAA